AUGGUUUACUUAUCAGGGGGUGUUGUGGCCACAGGCCUUACUCUCCUGGCGCAUUCCGCCGCUGUUAUGGCCAAGGAAUCAAGCACAAAUCCAAUCGUGGCGGAUGGUACUUUCUUUGCUCUCAAUGGAAAGAAUGUUGCGUACCGCAUCCAUGUGGACAAUACCACUGGUGAUCUCCUAGGGGACCACUUCGGCGGCUCCGUCGGAGCUAAUAUCCCUCUGGAGACUGUAGGCGACGUCAAUGGCUGGAAUAGUCAUAUAGGACGUGUACGCCGCGAGUUCCCAGACCAAGGCCGAGGAGAUUUCCGGACCCCUGCGAUUAGAAUCCGUCAGUCAGAAGGGUAUACCGUGUCUGAAUUUCAGUACAAAUCGCACAAGAUCAUUCCUGGCAAGCCUGCUCUGCCUGGGUUACCAGCCACGACGGGCACAGAAGAAGAUGUUACUACCUUGGUCAUCAGUCUAUAUGACAAGUACAGCGAUGUUGCCGCGGACCUCUCGUACUCGAUUUUCCCCAAGUAUGAUGCCAUUGUGCGCAGCGUGAAUGUUACGAAUCAUGGAGACGCAAAUAUCACAAUCGAGUCUCUGGCCAGUCUGAGUGUGGAUUUGCCGUUUGAGGACCUGGACAUGAUUAGUCUUCGUGGAGAUUGGGCAAGGGAAGCGGAGCGCGAGAGGAAGAAGGUCGCGUAUGGAACCCAAAGCUUUGGAAGUUCCACUGGCUACUCCUCUCACCUCCACAAUCCUUUCCUGGCAUUGGCAGACCCCUCCACCACCGAGUCCCACGGAGAGGUAUGGGGAUUCUCGCUUGUGUACACGGGUUCAUUCUCAGUGAACGUCGAGAAGGGUGCACAGGGUUUCACGCGUGCCCUUCUGGGUUUCAACCCUGGCCAGCUCUCAUGGACUCUGCCGCCCGGAGAGACUCUUACCUCCCCGGAGUGUGUCUCGGUAUACUCCAAGGAUGGCAUCGGUGGAAUGUCACGCUCCCUGCAUCGCUUGUACCGCAACCAUCUCAUCAAGAGCAAGUUUGCCACUAGCGAUCGUCCUACAUUGCUGAACAGUUGGGAAGGACUGUACUUCGAUUACAACCAGAGCAGCAUCUACGAGCUGGCAAAGGAAGCCGCCGAAGUAGGCGCCAAGCUCUUCGUUCUGGACGACGGCUGGUUCGGCAAGGAAUACCCACGUGUCUCCGACGACGCCGGACUGGGCGACUGGAUCCCAAACCCUGACCGGUUCCCAGACGGCCUGGAGCCGAUUGUGAAGAAGAUCACGGACCUGAAAGCCGCUAACUCAUCAGAGAACAUGCGCUUUGGUAUCUGGUUCGAGCCGGAAAUGGUCAACCCCAACUCGACUCUGUAUAACAAGCACCCGGACUGGGUCUUGCACGCAGGACCCUACCCUCGCACCGAAAGACGCAACCAGCUCGUGCUGAACCUCGCUCUUCCUGAAGUCCAAGACUACAUCAUCAAGUCUGUCUCAGACAUUCUCAAGAGUGCAGAUAUUAGUUACGUCAAGUGGGAUAACAACAGAGGCAUUCACGAGAUGCCUUCUCCAUCCACAAACCAUGCCUACAUUCUCGGCAUGUACCGCGUUUUCGAUGAACUGACAACCCAAUUCCCCGAUGUCCUCUGGGAGGGUUGCGCCUCGGGCGGAGGCCGUUUCGACCCAGGUGUUCUGCAGUACUUCCCGCAGAUCUGGACAUCAGACAACACAGACGCAAUCGAUCGCAUCUCCAUCCAGCUUGGUACUUCGCUCGCCUACCCGCCCAGCGCGAUGGGUGCUCAUCUGUCCGAAGUGCCGAACCAACAGACUGGCCGCACAGUCCCCGUGGCUGUCCGCGGACAUGUCGCGAUGAUGGGCGGCUCGUUUGGCUUGGAACUCAAUCCGGCUGUAAUGAACGCUGAAGACAAGGCAGCUCUGCCGGGGCUCAUUGCUCUCGCUGAGAAGGUGAACCCCAUUGUUCUUAAUGGUGACAUGUGGCGGUUGAACCUGCCAGAGGACUCGAAUUGGCCUGCUGUUUUGUUCAUCGCUGAGGAUGGUCAGAAGGCUGUGUUAUUUGUCUUCCAGCUCGCUCCCAAUGUUGAUCAUUCAUGGCCGCGCGUUAGGUUGGAUGGAUUGGAUGCACAGGCUUCCUAUAAGAUUGAUGACGGCGUGGUUUACACCGGUGGAACCUUGAUGAAUAUUGGUCUGCAAUUCCCCUUCAAGGGUGACUAUGGCAGUCAAGUUGUGAUGUUGGAAAAGCAAUAG